AUGGUUGGAAGCAAGCGCACGAAGAGUAAAACCGCCGCGAUGGCUCAAUCUGUGACGGCCCAAAGCCACUCCACCCACGAUCCCGCGAUCAACAUGGUGGCACCACAACCUCUCGCCACCGUGCCACCUACCGGACCCGCGACCGAAUCUAGCAACCUCCAUGGCACCGCCGCCGAACAUGGUGGAACCUCCCAUCAAGGUGGGCUCGUUACCACCACCGACUUAGGCCCGGUCUUGGAGCAACUUCAAGCGUUCCCUCCAUUGCCUCCACGCUCGACACACGCUCUCGCGUACACCUCCAGUGAAACCCUAGCCCGUGUGCAAUUGGGCUCCACACGCUUCUCUCCUCCCGAUCCACAAAGUCAAGCAGAUCUCAACCUGAGAGUUGACCAGCUAGCUCAGAGAGUGGACGACCAAAACGCUCUUAUGAGGCAGCUCCUUAAUCAAAUAAGCGUGGCUCAAAAUCUUGGCCUUGGACAACCAGGCGAAGUGAGAAGAAUAGACGAACGCACCGGUGGGCAGCUCAACGGGCACCAAGCGGGUCGAGCAGGAGCGAGCAGACAAGGGGAUGCACAACCACGUGAUCAGCUUGCCGACAUGUCGCAAGCAUCUGCAAGCCACACACAAAGCAACGUGCGAGAAAGGCUCGGCCCACGACUUGACGUCCGUGCUCGCCUGGGCCCGCAGGGGAAUGUACUUCAAAGGCUAGGCUCCCAGGGAGAUCAAACUGACAAUCGCCGCAAUGAGGAUCGUGAAGAAAGGCGCUUCGCUGCCCACUCGCAGAGAAAUAUUCACGAAAGGCUAGGCCCCCAGGGAGGUCAACCCGCUAACCCUCGCAAUGAGGAUCGUGAAGAGAGGCACUCCAUUGCCCGCUCUCGGAGAACCAACUCUCGCCGUCAAGCUGCAGAAAAUCCCUCGCAAUCGCAGUCCACCAACACGCCUCCUAGGCAGCGCGGACGAGAGGACCGACCCUUGCAGACCAACAAGGAGGUCAGUCAGCGUCGCCCGAAUCGCAAAAGUCGCCAACGUGAUCGACCAGCACUGCGCGCGGAAGACGUUGAAAAGCUUGUGAAUGACCGACUUCGAGACUUGAAGACUAGCGGGAACCUCGAGGAAGCACUACGUAAGGAGAUGGACCAGGCGAUCUCUACUCCUUUCACCCCUGAAAUCGAGCAGGCUGCUCCCCCGAAGUGA